UUAAAUUUAGUAACUUAAAUACUAAAGUACGGUAACUAUUACAGUCAAGUGUAACUGUGUAAGUGAGUCAACACUUCAACAGAUAUAUUUCUUAAUCGAAUGCACAUUCGUGAUACAUUUCAAAAUACUACACAUUCAUUGGUUUGAAAAUGUCGUCGUGGAUAAAAGCAUCAAAAGUUAAUCAGAAAACUCACAGGGAGCGUCAUCAGCCUGAAUCACGCCAAAAAUAUGGGUUGCUCGAGAAGAAAAAGGAUUAUAAAGUUCGUGCUAGACACCACCAAGAACGUGAACGUGUUAUGAAAUUGUUGAAGAAACGAGCACAAAACCGCAAUCCAGACGAAUUUUAUUUUCACAUGAUAAAUUCCAAAGUCGAGGAUGGUCGUCAUACAGAAAUACGAGAAGAAGACGAACACACUGAAGAUCAAAUUAAGCUAAUGCAAACUAGAGAUUUGAAAUACAUCAAUAUGCGUGCAACUAUGGAAAGGAAAAAAAUUGAGCGUUUACAAUCACAACUUCAUUUCUUAGAUCAAGCUAAUCAAGCAAACAACUGUCAUAUACAUUUCAAUGAUGAUGAUCAGUCUCUUGGCAAUUUAGCUGAAAAGAUAGACACACAUCCAGAUCUUAUCGCCAGGAAAACAAAUCGUAUGAGAAUGUCAGAUUUGAAAAAAAUUGAACUACCAGAUUUAGAUGAAGAUACUAUUAAGCAAAUGUUAUCUGAAAAGAGAAAAUCAUAUAGAGAACUAGAACGAAGAACUAACAGGGAAAAAGAAUUGUCUGUUGUACAGAGGAAAUUGGAAAUUAAAUCUCAUUUGCUCGGUUCUAAGCAAGAACAGCCAAAGAAGAUAAAACCCGCAACAAAAGAUGCGGCACCAAUUUAUAAAUGGAAAUACGAGAGAAAAAAGUAAUAUUUAUUUAUUUUUCUAUAAAAAUAUUAAAGUGAAACAUUGUAUUGACAUAAUCCUUUUAUUUUAAAUAAUAUACAAUAUAUUUAACUAA